GCGGCGCUUGUAGUUGACUUGACGUUUGAGUUUGCACGCCGUUGCGUUAGGAUACUUACACGUUGUCGGUGAAAGUCGGUGUUUAUUCACUAAAAAUGGUCCUCGAUCUCGAACUGUUUCGUGCCGAUAAAGGAGGUGACCCCGAUAAGAUUCGAGAGAACCAAAAGAAACGUUUUAAAGAUGUAGGUCUUGUCGACAAAGUUGUUGAGUCAGACACUGUAUGGAGGAAACUGAGGCACCAGUUAGACAACUGGAACAAGCUGAAGAACUUGUGCAGCAAAGAAAUAGGGCAGAAAAUGAAGAACAAGGAACAUGCUGGAGAGGGAGAUAACCUCCCAGAGGAUGUAGUCAGUGGCCUCAGUGAACUCACGUCAGAUAUCCUUCAGGGUCUGACCGUCAACCAAAUCAAACGAGUGCGAGUUCUCAUCGAUGAAGCCAUCGUGCGCUGCAACGAAGACCUGGAGAGAUUACAGAGAGAGCGCAACGAAGCGUUGAGGGAAGUUGGAAACUGGCUGCACGAAUCGUGCGUUGUCUCCGACAAUGAGGAUGAGAAUGCCGUAAUACGCACGCACGGAGACGUGGAAAGUCGGAAGAAGUACUCGCACGUGGACCUCAUAGUCAUGGUGGACGGUAUGGACGGCGAGAGGGGUGCCGUAACGGCGGGUGGCCGUGGAUACUAUCUCACGAAAGCAGCAGUUUUCCUGGAGCAAGCGUUGAUACAACUGGCCCUUCAGAUGUUGCACAAGAAGGGGUACUCCCCUCUCUACGUUCCUUUCUUCAUGCGAAAAGAAGUAAUGCAAGAAGUGGCACAACUCGCCCAGUUUGACGAGGAGCUCUACAAGGUAGUAGGAAAGGGGGACAAAGCAGGAGAGGACGAGAAGUACCUCAUCGCCACCUCGGAGCAGCCGAUAGCAGCUUACCACAGGGACGAGUGGCUCUCGCCCGAGACGCUUCCCAUUCGCUACGCCGGCAUCUCCUCCUGUUUUAGGCAAGAAGUUGGGUCGCACGGAAGGGACACGCGCGGCAUCUUCCGCGUCCACCAGUUCGAAAAGGCAAAGCAGUUCUGCCUAACAUCGCCUCACGACAACAAGUCGUGGGAGAUGUUUGAAGAGAUGCUGAACAAUGCGGAAGACUUCUGUAAGGUCCUCGGCAUCCCUUACAGAGUGGUCAGCAUUGUGUCAGGAGCCCUGAAUCAUGCCGCAGCCAAGAAGUACGACAUCGAGGCCUGGUUUCCGGGUUCGGGGGCUUUUCGGGAGUUGGUUUCUUGUUCAAACUGCCUCGACUACCAGGCGAGGCGACUACUAGUCCGCUUUGGACAGACGAAGAAGAUGAAUGCACAGGUGGAGUAUGUGCACAUGUUAAACGCCACCAUGUGUGCUACUACGAGGGUCAUCUGCGCCAUCUUGGAGAACUUCCAGACGGAGACUGGAGUUCAGGUUCCUGAAGUGCUGAAGCCAUUUAUGCCUGAAGUGUACAGGGACGAAAUCCCCUUCGUGAAGCCGGCACCAAUCGAGGAGGCGGAGACGAAAAAACAGAGGAAGCACAAGGAAGGGAUGGAGAAAAUCAAGGAUGGGGCACAAACACAGGGCUGAGUUAAUUGUGAGAAUUUCACACUGAUGAUGUUGCUUCUUAACACCUCUUUGCAGCUGCACGAUACUGAAAUUAAAAGUAUGUUUGAGGA